AUGUUAUUGAUCGACACGGAGAGCCUGAAACUGGAAUCUAUUGUCUACCCUGCUCCAGGGUCCUAUGCCAUCCUCUCACAUACUUGGGGGAAAGAAGAGAUCAAUUUCCAAGAGUGGAAAUGCAUUGAGUCUGGGGCUGGUGGUGCGGAUGAGGCUGACAGGCUGAAACAGAAGUCCGGGUACGCAAAGAUCGAAAUGACCUGUCGCAUGGCAAAGGCCGAUGGAUUGAAAUACGCCUGGGUGGACACGGUGUGCAUAGACAAGAGCAGCAGCGCGGAGCUCUCUGAAGCCAUAAACUCCAUGUUCAAAUGGUACCGAGACUCGCACAUCUGCUACGCGUAUCUGUCCGACCUGGAAAACGCGUCCGACCUGACCCAGCUUCAAGCAUCCCGCUGGUUCACGCGAGGAUGGACGCUCCAGGAACUUAUUGCUCCCCAAAGGGUCCGCUUCUACGAUAAGUGGUGGGUGGAAGCCGGGACCAAGGCCAAAUUUCAAGAGCUGCUCGCGAAGAUCACGCAAAUCGACCCGGACGUGCUCGUCAACGGGCAAAACCUGGACUUUGUGCCCGUGGGCAGGAGAAUGUCUUGGGCGGCUGCCCGAGAAACCAGCCGGGUCGAGGAUAUCGCGUACUGCCUUUUGGGGAUCUUCAACGUCAACAUGCCUCUGCUGUACGGGGAAGGGGACAGGGCAUUUCUCCGCUUGCAGGAAGAGAUCCUCAAGGAGCACAACGACUUGAGUCUGUUCGCGUGGCAAAACACGUCCGGGAAGUCGCUUUAUCGCGGCAUCUUUGCGGAAUCGCCGUCCGAGUUCUCAGACUGCGUCGACCUCAAGGCGCCGCACGAGAGGCAGAGCCUGUGGAAUGAGGUCUCGGUCACCAGCAACGGAUUACGCGCCGAGGGUAUCUUCCCACCCGGUCCUCCCGGACGCGUCGACCGUUGCAUUCUGGAUCUGGGAUGCUGUCGCAAGGGCGCUACACGAAACCCUGAAUGGCUGUUUGUUCAGCUACUAAAGGUAGGCGAGACAUUCGUCCGGGUCCUGCCAAAACACAUCACGGCCGAGAAAUCGCGGCGGCUCUGGUGGCAGGGCACCAGGCGAACCGUCUACGUCCGCAAGAGUGUCCAGGGCCCGCAGCAAUUGACCGAGGCAAACUGCCGCAUCUCCAACGUCACGAUACAGUUCGCCGAGUCCCUACGGCGCCAAAUGCGGCUCUGCGACGUGCUGCCCCGACAACAUUGGGAGGUGGAAACCACCAGAUUUGGAGUCGAGUCCGCCCACUUUGUCGGCAUCGUGCCCUUUGUGUUCGAGACUCCACCUCCAGCUCCCCGACUGCAAAGGCGUCUCGUGCUCCUCUGUGGUGUCCACAAAUCCUUCAUCCGAAGCUGGAGGCUCGACUCGUGGGCCGCCAUAUUCCAGGAGUCGGGUCCAAACGACGAGCUUUCGACGGCCCUGGUGGCAUUGGCUCACGGGGACGACGCCAGCCUUCUCGAAGAGCACCGACAGAACGCCGUCAAGGACAUGCUUUUCGCCAAUUUCUCCGCCACCUACGGGGUCCUGAGGGGGCUGGACAAGAGGGCUUCGGUCACGAUUGAGGAUCAUCGAAACCCUCGGAGGAGGCAGUACAUCCUAUCGCUGGAGACGCACGACGUGGCUGUGGAACACACAUGGAGAGCCACAACGGUGACCGUUAACUGCGAGGUGAUGGAUGUGCCCGCUGUGGAGAAGGUCCGGAGCUCAAAGGCGCCCGUGAAAUUCGAGGUGGUCGAGAAGCUCGAUCAUCCGCAGCUGCCGCUGGUGUCGAUAGAUCCUGUCAAUCCACGAACCUCUGCUGUGAGUGUGGCGUGA